CUGGAGUGUGGGAGGGACACUUGCACAUUUGUCACUGCAGUAAUGUAGCCAUGGGGUUUGAGUACAGCGCAGUCUCACUCUUUCUUUCUCUCUAUCCCCCUCUCUCUGUCUAUCUCUCUCUCUGUCACUAGCGGGUUUCAGUGGUGUGUGUAUAGUCUAAUGGAAGGAAUAUUAACCUUGGAAUAGCAGUAUCUGAAACGGGGACCUCCUGUGUGGAUCAGGAGCUGGCAUCUCACUAUGCAGGCCAUUCGCUGCACUCUGGUGAACUGCACCUGUGAGUGUUUCCAGCCAGGAAAGAUCCACCUGCGUACAUGUGACCAGUGCAAGCACGGCUGGGUGGCUCACGCGCUGGACAAGCUGAGUACACAGCACCUGUACCACCCCACCCAGGUGGAGAUAGUUCAGUCCAACGUGGUGUUUGACAUCAGCAGCCUGAUGCUGUACGGGACCCAGGCGGUGCCGGUCAGACUGAAGAUCCUGCUGGACCGUCUGUUCAGUGUUCUGAAGCAGGAGGAGGUGCUCCACAUCCUGCACGGCCUGGGCUGGACCCUGAGGGACUACGUCAGGGGCUACAUACUGCAGGGCCAGCCCCAGACAUUGUGUGGCCGCCGACCCACCGUGCCGCCCCUGUGA